CUAGCUGUCUGAAGUCAGAACAGCUCUGCAAAUCGCGCAUUGAACUUGCGUUGGCGAAAGUUCUGUGGAUUCCAACUUUCCUCAUACAUAAGUUUUAGCUGCCAGUGUGAUUGGCAUUGCUGCAAGCUAUCCGCAAGUUCUUAUUUUGUCACGGGUGGCACUCACUUUCCUGUCAUUGUUCGCUGUUGCGAUCAGGCAGACAUGGAAGAUCUCUUUGGGAAAGCCUUGGGUGCCCUUGAGGGCACUGGGGCAAAAGCGCUGAGCGCUUUGGAAUCUUCCUUGAACGAAUAUCCAGAGGCCAACCUGGCUGCCAUUCCUGCUGCUCCAAAAUCACUCCCUGAAACUGCACCUGUCGCUCCAUCAGCGCUAUCUGCUGCAGAACAUGUCUUAUCUUUCUGGGAAAACCUGGACCUUGAGAGCAGAAAGACGCAGUGGGACAAGAUUGGCGUGCAGAUCAGCCAGUUCCAGGAUACGUCCGCUCAGAACAGGCGCAGCCUGGCAGAACAGACCAAGGCCUACAGGAGUGGAACGGCCUCAGAGGCGGAGAAGCGAAAGCUGAUCCCGCUUUAUCAGGCGGAGAUUGACAGUUUGACAAAGAGGGCGAAGUAUGCGGAGAGCAGCUGGAGCAGCAUGUAUCAGCUUCUGUGUGAUGCGCCAGACGUCGUGCCUACUCUCAGCUCCAUGCUGGAGAUGUCUGAGCGGGUUGUGGAAGCGGAAGGGGAGGCGAGGAAGUGCCGGCAGGAGUUGGAGAUGGCACGGAAGGAGGCUGGCAGUGCCAAGGCACUGCAAACAGCAAAUCGGAGACUGGAGGAACAUUGUUUGGAGCUGGAAAGCGCUAUGGACCGGAAAGUUGAGGAGGCGGUCGCGCUGCGCCUCAAAGAAGCAGAGCGGGAGAGGGAUACAUUCCAAGCCACAGAAGUCGCACUCGCAGCCCAGCUGGACUCCGCAAAAGAGGCGCUCCAAACCCUCCAAAGACUGCACGACAAAACUCAAAGCCAGUUGUUCGAUCUACAAAGCGAGUCAGAGGCGAGAAAGGCCGCUAAGCAGUACGAGCUCGAAGGGUUGAUGGAGGAACUAGAGAAGGCGCAGGCGCGUGCCGAGGGUUUGGAACGCGUUAAUGCGGGGUUAGCCCGGGAGUUGGAGGGGGUUAAGGCGGGGUCAAGGGAGAAGCCGAACGUGAGCGACAUGGAGGGGAAUCUGCAGAGCAAGGAGGAGCUGAUCUCGAGGCUGCACCAGCAGAUGCAGCAGCUAGAGCAGGAACUAGCGGCUGAGCGGGCCUCUGCAGCAGAAGCGGAGCAGCGCCUCCAAGCGGAAGUCGAUGACGUCAGCAAAGAGCGGGACAGCCUGCAAGAGGAGCUGAGCGCGCGGCCGACCGCUGAGCAGUUGGAGGAGCUCCGAAAGAAGAUCCGCAUAUUGCAAGCGCUUGUCGGGACCGACGUGGACGAGACGUGGGACGAGGACGGCGCUGAGGAUGACGAAAGCGCGCGCAUCAGCGGGAUUCUGAAGGACACGAACCGAAAACUAGCGGCGGAGCUCACGGCCGCCCGGAUUGCGCUGGGCGACCGAGACAACGAACUAGGCGCGGCGCGCGGCCGGGUCGAGGAGCUGGAGGAGAGCCAGCGGGAACUUGAGGGCCUGGUAAAGAAACUAGAGGACGACCUUGUGACGGCCCAAGGCGCAGGUGGUGGCGACAGCUGGCAGGACGGUCCGCCCACCAUCGACCGGCUGCUGUCCGGUGCCCGUCCGGAGGCGUCCGGCUCGAGCGGCGAGGCCGCGCCUGUAGAGGGGUCCAUGCUCGGGAUCGUGACGGCGCAGCGGGAGCGGUUCCGGAAACGAGUGGCGGACCUGGAAACGGAAUACGGACGGCUGCUUGACAGUCUAGGGCGGGCCCAACAGGAGACCGCCAAGCUGACGUCAGACAACGUCAGCUUGUACCAAAAGAUCCGCUUCCUGGAAAACUUCAACUCCCAGAAAGCGCCAGAGUCCAAAAUCCGACGGGUCGGGGGGCAACAAACCGGGAACGUGACAGUUGUGGGGGGCACUGGGGCGGGGCGAAAAAGCAGUCGGUACGCGUGUUUCAGCAUGGAUGACCCAGGGGGUUUUGAGGGGGGGCGGCAGCCGAGAGACGAGGAACUGGCGGGGGGUGGGACCGGCCCAGGGGCUGAGGUGCGGUACCGAAAGAUGUACGAGGACCGAAUGGACCCCUUCAAGGAGUUUCAUCAACGAGAGCAGGAGCAAAGCUACCGGAGCUUACGGCUCCACGACAAGAUCACGCUGACGAGCGGGCGCUUCUUCCUGAGCAACAAGUAUGCGCGCACCUUCAUCUUCUUCUACACGAUCCUGCUUCACUUCCUCAUCUUCUUCAUUUUGUACAACCUGUCAGUGUGUAGUCGGGGUGCGGUAACGGAAGUUAGCGCCAGCCAAUUACCGCAAGACUUGUUGGAUAACGUUGGGUUAGCAGGACACGUGGAGGCCGGGGGAGAGCGGACCUUGGGGGAUGUGAUUGCGGAGAAGAUGGGCUCUUUGAUGGAGGGCGCGAAGAACCUCACAACAGCAACGUAAAAGUCUAGAAGUUCGUGUACAAUCCAAUAGAGUAGAGUCGUGCCAGCAGGGGGUGUUUAGAAUCUUCUACGCAACUGAAGCAGCACAAUCAUCGCGAUCAUACAUACGUACUCAAAACCGGUGUCCAGCGGAACCUGUACUUGAGUUUGUCCCCAGAAGUCCUUUCACUCUUCAUCAGCUUAGCCGCCGUGGUGCGGCCUUGCUAGC